CGCCGCCUAAAAGCUCCGAAGAGAGGCUUUUCACAGCUGGAGAUUUAUACCUAUAGCCGAGUCAAUUGGGGACAGUUCACUCCUGUCCCUCCCUCCCUUUCCCCUUAUCGCUAGGGUCUCUUAGUGGUCUCAGCACCCGUAUUUCGUAUUCCUUACUUUACAGAAAAGAGAGAUCGAGUACCACCGCAAAUAUCCCCCUGCGUGGCACGCUGCCAAUUGAGAUUUGGAUCUUCAUCUUCCUCUUUCCGAGGCACAUAUUCCCCUUACACAGGACACGGUUUUGUUCAUUCUUUGCGGAGAGCAACUGCAAGCGUCCGCAAGGCUGCAUAAGUUGGGGAUCGCGCCACAAUCUCUCAGGGUUCAACUAACUAAUCCGGCGAUUCUUCUGACGUACGAAACGAACCACCAGCCGCGGAACUAGACUGAACACUGCUGCCAUUGCAAGACCAGUGAGACGCCAUGCGCAAUGGCGCCCGACAUCACCGGCUCCACGCAAGCCCGCCCGACUACAUCUUCUGGGCGAUUCCCCUUCUCGAGGCGCAAAGUGAAGGCUGUGCCGCAUGAAGAGACAGCACAGGAUAGACCACCAACCGCAGCAACGACUACGGCGCCAGAUGCAAUUGUGAGCCCAGGAAACGAUACCAGGGGUUUGCGGCUCCAACAGACCAUAUCCAGCAGCGGGACCGUGAGCAGGCCGGGGACAAACAGCGAAGGGAGUGGUUUGAGACUGACGGCACAACCGCAGGGGGAAGGGAAUGCGCCGAGAGCACCAAGCAUAGCACCAAGCGACGUCUCGUCAAUAACAACAGGGAGCCGCUGGAGGAUACGAAGCAGGAACGGGGACAAAGGCAGCGAGAACAUACCAAGGACACCCAGCUCGAGCGAUGAUGUGCCAACACUAAGCUCAAGCCCCGAGAGAGAAUUUACACCGCUCACGACGAGCUUGCCGGACACACAACUGGAUUUUAUAAACCAAGUCAGCUUUUCGACCCGGGGCAGCGUGCUUCUUGGAGGGAGGAAAGCGGUUAAUGCGAAGCCCAUUUCCAAGCCGGCCUCAGAAAGAGUGCCCGCUGCGGUUGAGCCACGGAAGGCCGCACCAGAACUAUCGAAUACUGUGGUUGAGCAACCUAAGACUGCACCACAGCCACUGAGAACAGCGCCAGAACUACCAAAGGCUGUGCCCGAGCCAUCGAAUACGGUGAUCGAUCCACCGAAUACCGCACCGGAGACAUCUAAUACUGUAAUUGAGCCAUCUAAUACUAUGGUUGAGCGACAAAAGUCUGUGCUGCAGCCACCAAACCCUGCGCCGGAGCCACCAAGGACCGCGCCAGAACCACUGCAGACAGCGCCAAACCUAUCGAAGGUUUCACUGGAACCACCGAGGACUGCGCCGGAGCCAUCACUACUUCCGGUGCUGCCAGAGGAGAUCGCGAAAGAGAGUUUAAAGGUCAGGUCUAUGUACGAGGAGGAUGUGAUAACGGAUUGGAGAGAUGGCAAUCCGAUAAACCCUCCCCUGCCGCUGGCCGAAGAAAACGAGGGGCCGAGCAAUGAUACUUUCAACGUGCAGCUACGGCCUAGACCACAGACUGCGGCGGCACCCAGUGCAAAGAGAUACAGUGUUCUGAGGCGUGAACAUGAGCUUGCUGGUGGCAUUGAGGACUGGGAAGAUAUCAGCGGCGAGGACGUUGAUCGAUAUGGAUUCAUCGUCAAGACCACGGAGACACCAAAUAGAAGCGGAACCCCCGAACCUCGAGCACCACAACGUGUAUCGACAUCCCUCCAGCUUGCCUCUCAAGCGCCUAGGAAGCAGCGAAGCUUCAGACUGCAAUCUCCAGCCAAGAAUACCGCGGCCAAGUCUCUUAGGACGCAAAACACCAGCGCAUCUCAACGAAGCGUGUCACAUCCCUUGAGGACCCUUACCAACCGCCUGCCUGGCAAUCAGGACAGACGCUGGAUGGAUGAAGCAGGCGAUAUGCUAACACUCCCCCACGGCCUCGCCGACAUCACUGAAGUCGACGAAAGAACCACAGCAGCUGAAGUAACCAAGAAGCGCGAAUGGGCGCGCUCGGAGAAGUGGCGCCGGAUGGCCAAACUUAUCAACUCAGGCCCGGACGGCGAAGGCAUGGAAUUCGAGUUUGACGUCGCCCAUCCGAAGCUCAUCGACCGGACAUGGAAGGGAAUCCCGGACGUGUGGCGCGCGACAGCCUGGCGCUGUUUCCUCAACGCCAGCGCGAAGAAGGUGGAAGGUAGCCCGACCGAAGCGUCUCUAGUCGAAGCGUUUCAGCGGCUCGUGGGCGAGGGCAGCGCCGACGAUGUGCAGAUAGACAUGGAUGUCCCGCGCACGAUCAACAGUCAUAUCAUGUUUCGGAAACGGUAUCGUGGCGGGCAGCGUUUACUAUUUCGCGUACUGCACUGCCUCGCGCUAUAUUUUCCCGACACCGGAUAUGUGCAGGGAAUGGCGAGUCUGGCGGCCACACUACUGUGCUAUUAUGACGAAGAAAAGACGUUUAUCAUGUGUGUCAGGUUGUGGACGUUGAGGGGACUUGACAAGCUGUAUGCGCAUGGAUUUGCUGGGCUGAUGUCUGCAUUGGAUGAGUUCCAGGUGGAUUGGAUGAGGGGACAUGACGUAUCCCGUCAACUUGACGAACUGGAUAUCGGCCCCACGGCGUACGGGACACGCUGGUACCUCACGCUGUUCAACUACUCCAUCCCCUUCGCAUCACAGCUGCGCGUCUGGGACGUUUUCAUGCUGCUCGGCGACUUGGAUCCCUCAGUGCCAGCAACGCCCGAGCGGCCAUUCCAGCAUGGUCUGGAUGUGCUGCAUGCGUGUAGCUGUGCGUUGAUCGAUGGAACGCGGGAGAUCCUGCUUGAUUCGGACUUCGAUAAUGCAAUGAAGGUGCUCACGAGCUGGGUGCCGAUUAAGGAUGAAGCGCUGUUCAUGAAGGUCGCCAGGGCCGAGUGGAAGAUACACCAAAGGAGGAGGAGAGCCCGAUGAGCAUCUGUCGAGAUGUAUGGAACUGUCAGUCUCUCGACGUGAAGCAAACUGGUGCCUGGCACCCUACUCUGUGGACUAUACCAACCCUCAAUACCUACAUUCCACGCCCUACAACAACUCUAACCCACCAAAAUCUUCAUAAUCCAUAUCUCACCACAACCACCGCAAUUACUGAGCUACGACUACACAACAUAAUAUCUCUCACCAAGCUUCCGAUUGACGACAACUCUAAUAUCAGAGACACACAAAGAUCUAAUUUAUACCCAAAUCAUACUAAUCCAUCUAGAUCUUUUUUCUUUUUUCUUUUUUCUUUGCUAUUUGUAUACCUGGACUAUUAGGAGCGGGCUUGAAUCCUGCAAGCGGGAUGAUGAAGCUAUUGUGAGAGGAAGGGAGGAUGCGCAGACAAAGGCGGCGGGAUGGAUGUAAAAAUAUCCAGAUAUCCUAGAGGCACCGCGGAAGGCGCGACCUAUAUGGUGGAGGCGCCAGUAUGGAGCUUGUGGAGGAAAGGGCGACUCGCUGCUGUGGCCUCGAGGGGGAAGGAGCGAGUCACUAGCAUGAAGUAAUGGAAAGGAGGAAGGAGCGAAUCAAGUAGGUAGUGUGGCUUCAUAGGGAAGUUGCAAUCAAAUAAAAAAGUCUGCAGUACCAAUGGAUGAGAUAUAAC